CCCAAAUGAAUGAUUGAGGACAUCUACGGCUCCUAAAUUUUCACAAAAGCAAAAUUGUCUCACCUUAUCUGCCCCCCCAAUUUGGGUAUAAAAAAGAGUGCAAGAAUUGUGUGGUUCUUCAUUCAUUCAUUCCUCAGUGUCUUUUCUUACCAACCAAAAACCAUGUUUGAGGACAUGACUAAGAAGAAUAAGAAAGUGACGAGCAAUUUGCUCUCCAUUUUGUGUGGUCUUCUUCUUCUCCCUCUUCUUGUGCAGACAAGUUCAAAAGCAGAGCAGAUUGGGUCCGGGUACCGGGUGAUAUCCUCGGGCGUCGAUCCUUCCGGCCGGUCGCUGACCGCUCGGCUUCGGGUCAUCCAGAGCUCGUCUCUUCUUGGACCGGACAUUGUCAAUCUCAGCCUUUUUGCCAGGUUUGAGAAAGGAGGUCGUUUGAGGGUGAAGAUCACUGACGCAGAUAAGCAAAGAUGGGAAAUCCCCGAAGAGUUCAUACCCCGGGAACCAACAACCAGUUCAUCACCCGACAACUACACCAACAAUGUGUUAUCCGCCGCCGCAGCAGCCGCCAUCUCCGACCCCAACUCCGAUCUGGUUUUCAAUCUCUUCAACACCGCCCCAUUCGGCUUCUCCGUCCACCGGAAAUCCUCAAACGACGCCGUCUUCGACGCCUCCCCGAUCAGCGGUUCCGACGACUCCCUCUUGAUCUUCAAGGAUCAAUACCUGCAGAUCUCGUCUUCGCUGCCGCCCAAUCGAUCUUCUCUGUACGGGAUCGGAGAGCACACGAAGGGGACUUUCAAGCUUCAGAGCCAUCAAACCCUGACGCUCUGGGCGGCGGACAUAGGCACCUCCAACCGCGACCUCAAUCUCUAUGGGUCCCACCCUUUUUACCUGGACCUCCGGUCCUCCGGUGACGCCCACGGGGUAUUGCUGCUCAACAGCAACGGCAUGGACGUCGUGUACGCCGGAGAUAGGAUUACCUACAAGGUAAUCGGCGGUGUCCUCGACCUCUAUUUCUUCCCUGGUCCCACACCGGAAUUGGUGAUGGAUCAGUAUACAGAUCUCAUCGGCCGCCCUGCUCCCAUGCCUUACUGGUCUUUUGGAUUCCAUCAAUGUCGUUGGGGUUAUAAGGAUGUUGGUGAUCUUGAAGCUGUGGUUGCUGGCUAUGCAAAUGCCUCCAUACCUCUUGAGGUUGUAUGGACGGACAUUGACUACAUGGAUGCGUACAAGGAUUUCACUUUGGAUCCGGUUAACUUCCCCACGGAGAAGAUGAAGGCUUUUGUGGAUCGCCUUCAUCGGAAUGCCCAGAAAUAUGUUCUGAUUCUUGAUCCAGGGAUUAGCAUAAACAACUCGUACGGCACCUACAAGAGAGGGCUUGAAGCUGAUAUAUACAUCAAGCACGGCGGCGUUCCUUAUCUGGGACAAGUUUGGCCAGGGAAUGUGUACUACCCAGACUUUCUAAACCCGGCCACGACACCCUUUUGGAGCAAUGAGAUCAAAACGUUCAGAGACACGGUUCAGUUUGAUGGCCUUUGGAUUGAUAUGAAUGAAUUGUCUAAUUUCAUAACAUCCCCUUCGAAUCCGAAUUCCACGUUUGACAACCCUCCUUACAAGAUAAACAACUCCGGAAACCAGAGGCCGAUCAAUGAGAGGACUGUCCCAGCUACAGCACUUCAUUUUGGUGGCGUGUUGGAGUAUAAUGUUCACAACCUGUAUGGUUUCCUUGAAGCAAAGGCUACUAACCAGGCUUUACUAAACAUUACUGGGAAGAGACCCUUUGUGCUAAGCAGGUCUACAUUUGUGGGUUCUGGCAAAUACACUGCACAUUGGACUGGUGACAAUGCUGCUACUUGGGAUGAUUUGGCUUUCAGUAUUCCAAGCAUUCUGAAUUCUGGGCUCUUUGGUAUCCCCAUGGUUGGUGCAGACAUCUGUGGGUUUGCUAGAAAUACCACAGAAGAGCUUUGCCGACGCUGGAUCCAGUUAGGGGCAUUCUAUCCAUUCUCAAGAAACCACGGAGACAAGUCUAGCGACCGCCAUGAGCUGUACAUUUGGGAACCGGUUGCUGCAUCAGCGAAGAAGGUGCUUGGGCUGCGCUAUCGCCUCCUGCCAUACCUGUACACAUUGAUGUACGAGGCACACCUACGCGGGGUCCCCAUCGCGAGGCCUCUCUUCUUUUCGUUCCCCCGCGACACCAACACGCACGGGGUCCACUCUCAGUUCCUCAUUGGCAAGGGCGUGCUCGUGUCCCCCGUGCUGACAAGUGGCGCCGUCUCUGUGGAAGCUUACUUCCCAGCUGGAACCUGGUACGACCUCUUCAACUAUUCCAACACGGUGUCCUCGAAAUCUGGCUGGAACAGAACUCUCAGAGCGCCUCUGGAUCAUGUAAAUGUCCAUCUCAGGGAGGGCCACAUUCUCCCCAUGCAAGGAGAAGCAUUGACCACACGAGAAGCAAGAAACAGUCCGUUUGAACUGUUGGUGGCGCUGAGUGGGACAGUGAAGAGUUCAGGGGAGGUUUUCUUGGACGAUGGGGAGGAAGCCGGAAUGGGAGGUGCAGGGGGGAGGUGGAGUUUUGUACGGUUUCAGACCAGAAGAGCGGGGAACCGUGUGACUCUCACAUCUGAUGUGACAAAUCCUGGUUUUGCAGUCAGCCGUGGGUGGAUCAUAGAGAAAGUGACUAUUCUUGGAUUGAGGAAUGGAAGUGGUGCUGUGGAGAUCCCUGGGCUACGUCUGCUUAUUGGGAAGAACUUCACUUUGGACCUGACGUCUCAUCAGUAAGAAGGCACACACUUCAUUGGCGUAUGCAACUUGAUCUCCACCUGCAUUGUUUGUUUGCUCUCAUUUUGUUAAUAAAAAGAUCAAUUUUUUUACAGUAAUAGACUGGUGUGUUAUAGUGAUUAAAUGAAUGUUUUUUGAGUUUAGAGACGAUGAAACCUAAGCAAUUGUAUCAUAGGUCAACAUUAUCCGAUUGGAACCUGCAAAAAAUGAAUAAUUAGAUUUGAAUCUG